AUGGAAAGUGUUUUCCCGCAUGGCAUUUCCAUCCGCGGCGUGUCUGUAGACUCACCUAGCAGUUUUAGCUCAGAAGUCGACAUCGUGGUGGAUCCUGCUGCAAGUGUCCAAGUGGUUCAGGCUAACAUUUCCAAAAAGCUGAGAUGGACUUUCUCCAAUGGCGCGUUCCUCCUGACGGCGGAACCCAACAGCAUCCGUGUGCUGCCUGUGGAGUCAUCAUCACCUGUGACAACGCAGGCCCCAACCUCUGUGUCCCCAUUUGUCGAAGCAGAUGUGUAUCUGAGGGUCAAGCUCAAAUUGAAUUUCAACGGGACUGCCACAAAACCAGAGAAAAUCAUCGAGCAGUGGUUAAAAGAAAAGCUGGAAGCCAAAGGAACUACGCUCGUAUGGAAUGUCGUCAUCGUGGAAGGUGCAUUGAGGAAUGCCGAGAGAGUUGACGUUCAACCGCGCUUCCAUGAGCAACUCAGACAGUACACGUGUGACUUCCAUGUUCAGGAUUACAGCACAAACCACGUUGAGGAAAUUAAGUCUUUCAUAAAUGCCACGUUGAUGCCCACGAACGAAACUGGAUCUGAUAUGAUUCAAACUACAGCUCUGACGCUCAAACAAAUAUAUCCUCAAAAUUGUUUCGAGGACUUGACAAAGACACUCUACGGGGAUUACUUUUGGCCUGAAAGCACUGCUCAACAAACUCAGAUUAUGGAGUGCCAAAAGCCAAGCUCGCAGCGAGCCUCCAGGCUCUGCGAAUUACACCUCGAAAACGACACAACCAGCUGGGCCCAACCAGAUAUGAAAAAUUGCAGUCCGCUGGGCUCCAUUUCUGACCUUGAAAAUCUCAACGUCACGACUGAAAACGCUGCCGAAGUCGUGGAUGUAAUCCAGGCCCUGGUAAACACCACACUGAGCAACGCCACACAGCUUCCUCCCUCCGAGCUCAACACGGUGGUGGAGAAACUCAAUCAGGUGGUAAACGUCACCACCGUAACGCCGGCACUCGGCGACAACAUUGUUCACGUUUUCUCCGACAUCUUGAUUUCUGGCACGGACAUGGCCCCGGUUGCUGUCAGUGUCCUGAAUCUGACGGAUAAAAUGGGCAACAAGAUGGAAUUUCCGAAUGAAUCGCUAAGUUUGACCGCCCCGUCAGUGGCUCUGUCCAUGAUCGACGUGAAUCGCGAGGGAUUCAACGGCCUCACCUUCAGAGUAGUCUCCAAGUCUUCGAUCCAGGAGCCAAAUGUACUCGUCAACCAGAGUUAUGAGGGCAAACCAAUUUCCGAGGCAAAUGCGACCAUAUCACUGCCCUCUACUCUUUACAACUUCCUUUCACCUGGACAGAGAAAUAAAACCCGGGUCCAGUUUCAAUUCUAUGGAACACAAGAUCUCUUCCAGGACCCCCAAACAGCCAAUGCAACUUCUCACAGCAACCUGAUGUUGAACUCUUAUAUAGUUUCCGCGAGCAUCAACGGCAGCCACGUUAGCAACCUGAUCAAUGACGAAAGAGUGGUCAUCACGCUACGUCAUCACAAAGCCAAACAGGAUGAUGACAAUGUGAAAUGUGUGUUUUGGGAUUUCCAAAAAAACGAUAAAUGGAGCUUUCUGGUGGAACAGCAAAUCAAAGUGCAGGGAUUUGUCCGCCCGCUGAUAAUAUUUGUGUGUGUGUCAGGUGGGCGGGGUGGAUGGAGCAACGUGGGUUGUGAAACCCGGCCUCUUUCGCCUUACCAGACCACAUGUCUGUGUGAGCACCUCACACAUUUUGCUCUGCUGCUGGAUGUGUCCAGAGCUCCUAUCAGCGAGGCUGACAGUCACAUUUUAACCGUCAUCUCAUACAUUGGUUGCGGCAUAUCUGCCAUCUUUUUGGGAAUCACUCUCCUCACUUACCUUGCUUUUGAAAAGCUUCGCCGUGACUACCCGUCAAAAAUUCUCAUCAACCUGUCGGCCGCCUUGCUGGGACUGACUUUGCUUUUCCUACUGGACUCGUGGCUCUCGUCCUUUUCCGACUACAGCUUGUGCAUCAUCACCGCUGCGGCGCUACACUACUUCCUGCUGGCCUCCUUCACCUGGAUGGCGCUUGAGGCCGUCCAUAUGUACUUCGCUCUGGUCAAGGUGUUCAACACUUACGUGCCUGCCUACAUCCUUAAGUUCUGCGCUGUCGGCUGGGGUGUUCCUCUGGUCAUUGUCAGCUUGGUGCUGGCUAUAAAUAAAAACGCCUAUGUGAACAUUCAGGCCACCGCACCUGCCGCGGAGGGUACAUUUACCAACCAAUUCUGCUGGAUGAAGGCCGACACCUACUUCUACGUGACGGUGGUGGCCUUCAUCCUGCUGGUCCUGCUGUGCAACGUGUCCGUCUUCGUGGUGGUUCUGCGUCAGAUCCGGAAGAUGUCCGCCAAAAAAAGGGUGUCGUCAACCAGCAGUCGUAGUGCCAUGAAGGACUUGAGGGCAGUGGCCAGUCUCACCGUUCUGCUGGGUCUCACCUGGAUCAUAGGCUUCGUCUCCCUUGGAGAAGCUAGAGAGACCAUGAUGUACCUGUUUACCAUCUUCAACUCUUUGCAGGGGUUCUUUGUUUUCCUCUUCCACUGUCUGAUGAAAGAAAACGUGCAGAAACAAUGGAGAAUGUAUUUGUGCUGCGGCGCUUUAAGACUCACCAAGCGUUCAGACUGGAGCGCGACAGCAGGUGGUCCCAGCAGAAAGGAGAAUCUUAUUAACUCCAGCUUCUCCGUCAACACCUCCUCGCUCACAAACACUUCGAAAACCGACAUUAGCACAGAAAACCACAAAGGGCCGUAAGCAGGCCGACCUCAUACCUUAUUAUUCAAUUUCCAAUUGUUUAAAAAUUAUAUAUUCACUGAUGCCCGACACACUCAACUUAAAACACUCGAAUGAUUUAAGGGAUAGAACACUGCUAAUAUUUAGCUUGCCAAUAGUGUUUUUCAUGACGUGUUAGCAUUAGCAUUAGGCUAGCAGACAUCAAAGCUAACUUAUGUGCUUUUUAUUAUUUUGUAUUAGUUAUAAACUUCAAUUG